AUGCGAUCGGGCAAACGCAUUGUCUUCGCUAUGGACAGAGCGGAAGUGUGUGCGAUGUAUCCUGUGUUCCACGACGCCAAUCGACUCAUCACAAACACGUACGCAGACACGCCUGAUGUGGACGCGAUGGUGACCUUCAACCACAACCGCGUGCGUGACUUUGUGGGACAAGCCCUGCCCCAUACCCACACCCCACAUCAAUAUCGAGGCGGUCUGUAUAAAGUGUCGUGGACGCUCACACCCAACUUUAAGUCUGUAGUAAUGAGUACAAUAGAGCCCGGCAAGCAUCCACACAGCCUUUAUGAUAUAGCUGUCAGUGCCAAUGCCAG